UGCAACCCUGUGCUGGAGACAAAACACAAAGCGAAAUAAAUGGUAGAGAAAAAGAAAAUAAGACGAAGAAAAAGUAGUGAAUUUUUUUAUUUAGUUGAGUAUUUUCCAUAAGCAUGUCGGCUGACGGUGAAAAAGAUAAAACCAUUGAAAAUAUGGAAACAGAAAAGAAAGAAGAAACAACAACAAAAGUUGCGGAUGCAACUGAGGAGAAAAAAUCUGUUGAAAACGAUAAGAAAUCGAAUGAUGAAGGCGGUGGUGAUAAAUCAGACGCUGAUACUGAGGCUGUAGAUGAAAAAACUAACAAUGAAACUGGUGCACAAAAUAACGAUGAAGACGAUAAGAAACCUAAAGAAGAUGAAGAAAAAUCUGAUGAGGUUGCUGAAACUAAAAAAUCUCCAAAUGAUAAAGAAGAGGAAACUAAAGGCGAAGACAAAAAAUCAAAUGAUAUUAAAAAGGAUGAAGCCGCCGAUGAAAAAGAUUCUGCCAAAAAUGGCGAUGUAGACAACAAAACUGAAACGAAGGAUGAAGAUGAGGAUAAAGAAUCUAAGGAUGAAGAUGAGAAAAUGAAAGAAAAUACAGAAGUGGCUGAAGACGAUGAAAAUGUUGUAGCUCUGGCUGAAAUUGAUAAAAUUAAUGAAAAUAUUAAUAAAACUAGAGUAGAUGGCUUGCAAACAUUGCAUGCGAUAUGUUUUGGUUCGCAAGGCAAAAACAACGUCGUUAAGAAGAAUUUACGUUCUUUUGCGGGCUUUGAAUUUGAAAAAGAUUCAUCGGAAUAUAAAAAGAAAUUUGAAUCAAUUAAAAAAGUCGAUUUGAAACAAUUAAAAAGUAUUUGCGAGAUCCUAGCACUAGAACGUAAAGGUUCCAAGGAAGAUGCUGCAAAUCGUAUUUUGAAAUUUCUCAUGGAGCCAGAUGAGUCACUGUGUGUAGAACCAUCGCCUGAAGAUGAAGAAAUGGAAGAGGAGGAAGAAGCUCAAGAAGAAGAAGAAGAGGAGGAAGAAGAACCCAGUGAGGAUGAAAAACGUAAAAGCAAGUCUAGUGGUAGAUCAGGUGGCAGAUCUACAUCCGGUCGUCCUCGUCGUGCUACAGCUGGCAAAAAAAUGUCGGCAUAUGUUGAUUUCUCUAGUUCAGAUGAAGAUGCACGCAAAGUAAUACCAGCUAAACGAAGACGAAAUAAUGAUGAUUCAGAAUCUGGUUCAGAUUAUAAUCCUUCUGGUAAUUCUGAUUCUGAUGGUGGCAAAGGACGAAAAGCAGCUGCAGCUGCGGCUCGAGGUGCUCGUGGGCGACCGGCUCGCAAAUCACGUAGAAGAAAUUCGGAUUCUGAAGAGGAAUCUGAAUUAUCAGAAGCCGAAAGUGAUGCGGCACCUAAGCGCAAGCGUCCAUCAACUGGUGCUGGUAAACGUGGUCGGCCUGCUGUAUCGCCUCGUGGUAAAGGCCGUGCUGCUGCUAGUAAACCUUCUUCUCGCAAUAAACGCAAAGGAAAAGACUCUGAAAGCGAGGAAGAAGUUUCCGAAGAUGAGGAGGAGGAAGAAGAAGAAAUGUCUGAUUUGGGAAGUGAGAAAACUGAGGAGGAAGAAAAAUCGAAAAAGAACAAGAAACCUGUAACACCUGCGAAAAAUAACAAACCCAACAAUAAAACUCCAUCAAAACCAGCUGCUGGACGUCCUAAGAAAUCUAAAAAAGAAUCGUCCGAAGAUGAAAAAGAUGAUAGCGAUGAGGAUGAGCCAUUAAAUAAAAAGGGCAAAGCUUCAUUCCCCACGGAUGAACAAAUUCGUGCUUAUGUUAAAGAAAUUUUAGAUAAGGCCAAUCUGGAGGAGAUAACCAUGAAAACUGUAUGCAAACAGGUUUAUGCUAAAUAUCCAGAUUUCGAUUUAACAGAUAAAAAGGACUUUAUUAAAGCCACAGUAAAAGCGCUGAUUGCCGCUUAAAAAAAUCGAAAAACCUUGCAUCUCUUUUUUUCAAAAAUGAAUCCUGUUUUAAUUUACCUUUAUUUGGAAAGAACCAACAAACAUUUUGUAUAAGUUUUUCUUUAAUAAUUUUUUUUUUUUAGUUUUAACCUACAACUACUACUGUGUAUGUGUGCAAAUCUACAACAAAAUGUUGUCUAUUUUUUUGAAAAUGAUACAUUACAAUAUAUAAAUAUAAUAACUUGUAAUCCACUUCUACAAUUUAGGUUAGUUAAACCGUAAUCAUAUGACUUUUAUCUUUAAAACAUAAUAACAACAAAAUUUGAUUUUCGAGACCUUUAUUAUUAUUAUUUCUUUAUAUUGAGUUAAAAAAUCUAUACUAAAUUUUAUUGUCUCUUUGCUAUUUUGUUUACAUUUAUGCAAAUGUAUAUUUAAAACAUCAAGAUCUAAAGAAAAAAUAAAAAAAGAAACCAUUCUAAAAUAUAUAUAUAAACUAAAAAAUCAAUAAUUAAUGUUUUAUUUACAUUUAAUUUACUCCCAUUAAUAAACAAAACAAAAAAAAAAGGAUACGAAGGGCUUAACACAAAAAAAGGCGUCAGUACAAAAAUGAAAAGAACAAAAAUUAUUAAUUAAAAUCUUCUCAAAAGAAAAUAAGUAUUUUUAAUACAUAUUUGAAAAAUUAGACGCAUAAUCAAAAGAAAAUAUUGAAAAUAAAAAAAAAUAUUAAUUUUUGAAAACAAGAUUAUUUUUUUGUGAAUAAAUUUACUAAAUUCUAUAUAUUUUUUUACCCUUAAAGACUUAUUUGUUUUUUUAAUUUUUUGUUUAACAAAACUUUUGGUAAUUGGCCGGUUUCCCAACUGACGUGAAAUAUAAACAAGCAAAACAUAGUCCUUAAUUAAAUUUAAAGAAACUUAAUAAAUAAAGUAAAGAAACAAAACAAAACACAAUUUUAUUAUUACUACAAAAAUAAAAGAUAAAAAAAACAAAACAAAAAGAUUCAAAUAAAACAAACAUUUUCAAAACAUAGUUAAACAAUAAACAUUAUCAAUAACAAUUACAAAGUGAAGAAAACAAUUUCAAAAUAGUUGUGUCAAUAUCCCAAUAAUUACAAACAAAUCUACAAAAUAGUUUACGUUUUGUAAUAAUGUAUUCAGUGUAAUAAUGUCAACAAUGAAUGAAUUUCAUUAACCCUCCCUCUUACAUCCAAAAGAAUAUAAAAAAAUAAUAAUAAAACUAAGUAAAUGAAACACACACAAAUUAUUAAUUCAUUGUAAAUUAUGUUUUAUUCGAUGUUCUUUAAACAAUAAAUAUUGUAAAAUUAAUAAAAAAAAAA